AUGGCUGCUGCUAAAACUACUGAUAAACCUGGUGCUGCUAGUGCUGCUUCUACUUCAACUCCAGCUUCAUCUGGUAUUAAAAUUGAUCAAUCAAAAUUAAUUGCUACUGUUCAAACUUUGCAAUUUGGUUGGUUUAUUGGAAAUAUUUUAACAUUAUUAGGUUUUUCAUUAUAUUCAUUAACUUAUAUUAAAUUUUUACCAAAAUUAUUUAAAGUUGAUUAUUUAAUUACUUUAUUUGGUGUUUUUAUUUCAUUUGGUAUUUUAAAUUUUCAAUUAAUUCAAAAAAAUGGUUUUAAAUUACCAAUUUUAAUUAAAGAUGAUAAUUUUCAUUAUUUAUUAUUAGCUGGUUUUUUAUUAUUUUUAAGACCUUAUGUUUGGUUAACAUUAGUUCCAUUUGCUGUUUUUUCAAGUUUUCAUGUGUUAGCAUAUACAAAUGGAUAUAUUUUACCAAUUUUUAAUCUUGAUAAAUCUCCAAUUUCAAAACAUGUUACAACUUUUAUUAAUAAUAAUAAUGCAAAAUCAAUUCAAAUUGCAAGUGGUAUUGAAAUUAUUACUGUUGUUUGGUUAUUAAUUAGAGUUAUAACAUUUAGAAAAAGAUCAUUAAGUCCAUUCUUAGUAUAUUUAAUAUUUCUUAAAAAAAGACAUGAAGUAUCACCAUUUUCAAGAAAUUAUUUUAAAAUUAUUAGUCAACAAGGUGAUAAUUUAAUUAAUUCAAUUGGCCAACCUGUUUUAAAAGAUGUUUGGCAACAAGUUAAAUUUAUAUUUGGUAAAAUUGAUGAAUUUAAAUUAGUUCAUGAUUAUUCAAAAGAAGAUAUUAAAACUCAGUAAGUUGUAAGUCCAGUGAAGAUUGAUUGGGGUGAAGUAAAAGAAACACCAAAAAAAAAGACACUUUUGCAAAUUGCAAAAAUUGAUUUAUUAAUUAAUAAGAAAAAUUCAAUUUUAAAUAAAAAGAAAUUAACGAAAGAACUAAAAGCUGAAAUAAUUGAUGAUAGGAUAAAAGAUGAAAUAAACAAGAAAGAGAAUCAAAAUAGAAUUAAUGGUAUUGCAAUGAAAUUAAAAGAUGAAAUAUUGGCAAAAAGAGCAAUUGAAAAGAAGAAAAAUGAUGCAAAAAAAGCAAAAGAAGAAAUUGCAAAAAAGAAGAAAGGAAAAGCAGAAGCCAAAGUAAAAGCUAAAUUAGAAAAUGAAGCAAUUAAGAAAAUUGUAAUUGAUAAAUUAGAUUCUAUUCAGAAGAAACAAGAUGAGAAAAAUGCAAAAGCAAAACAAAAAGAAGAGGAACUGAAAAAUUAUCGUAAAGAGUUAAAAUCAUCACUUAUGAAAUCAAUGGAUAAACCAUAUAAAUUAAUAUUACGACAAUUACAAAAUGAUAUAAAAGAAGGAAUUGAUGAAAUUGAUAAAAUUGAUAAACAAUUAUUAAUUAUUGAAUCGAAAUUACCAAAAGUUGACAUAACUAAAACAAUAAUGAAGAAGAUAAAGAAAUCCUAA